AUUAAAUAGUGAUGCUCCUUUCAUUUUUUGAGUGGCUUGGAGGUUUGAUUGGUCUGCCAGAAGACCAAGCAAGAAUGGUGUUUGGAUUCAUAAUCACAAUACCAUUGGGUUUUCUAUUUAAAACAUUAAAGAGUAUUUAAAUUGAAUUAUGUAUCAUUAGGUGCUAAAGUAAGAAAAUAUUUUGGGUUGACUGUUGGUUUGUUAUUGUCGUACAUGCUAUACUAGGAGAAGCUGAUUAGCGUGAUAAUACAGAAUAUCAUAGUGUAUGAAAUGACAAAGCGAAUUACAUUGAAUAAAAUUGGCAUAAAGGCAAAAUGGGUAUUUUAUGAAACCCUCAUUUAUGUUGCAGUGCAUCACAUUUACAGACAAUAUACAGAUUAUGGUGGAUGGUAAAUGUCUGAAUAAUGACUAGGAAACUAGAUAUAACAACUAUAUUAAUGAUGAACACAGUUAAAUGGACAUCAUUUGCAUACAAUUACGAGGAUGGGUUGAGAAAAGAUGAAGAGUUGAAUUCAGAUCAACAAGAACGAAAACUAUAACAAAUGCCAUCCUACACAGAUUAUUUUGGAUAUAUGUUCUUCUUUUGUGGAUGCUUAGCUGGAGUAACUUACAAUAUUGAUUUUAGCCCUCUUUUGACUAUUAUGACUACGAUAUCUUUAUUAAAAGGACUAAUGUUUAUGAGAAAAUCCCAAGCACUUUCUGGGAGACAUCCCGCUUGUUUAGAAAUGCACUGAUAUACAGCUUCUUCAUAGUUGUAGUUUAUCCAAGAUGGUCUUUGGAAUCUUUGAUGUCCACAGAAUAUGAAGAGGCCUCUUUGCUCUACAAGAUAUUGUGGUUAAAUCUCACCAUCACCUUGCAUCGAACCAAAUACGUGUCAGGAUGGUUAUUCUCUGAAAGUGGAUUGGCUGCUGCUGGUUUUACGUAUAAUGGUAAGUAGGAUGGAAAGGAUAGAUGGUUGAGAAUAAGAUCAAUUGACCCUACAAUAGACUUGACUACUAAUCCAAAGGAUAAGAUUGAAUUGUGGAAUAUCUCUGUUUAAGUUUGGCUUAAGAAGUAUGUGUAUUUGAGAGUGUAUCCUGAAUCAGUCUUAAAAUCAAGUCCAGCUAAGUCCCAAAAGGCUUAAUUGAUAACAUUUGCAGUCUCAGCAUUUUGGCAUGGAUUUUAUCCUGGCUAUUACAUUUCUUUCUUCCAUUGGAAUUUAAUUGGAAUGAUCAACAAAUAUGUCCACAAGCUUGGAUAGAAUACAAACGUGUUAAAAAUUUGGGAUUCAAAUUUAUUAUUUAGAGGCAUAAGAUUUUACCUAGUAAAUUCACUAUUCAAUUGUUUUGGUAUAGGAUUUUAGUUGAUGAAUAUCAAAGACAAUUUAAGAUUCUAUGGAUCAGUAUAGUAAUUAUUAGCAAUAUUCUAGUUACAUCUUUAAUUUGACCACAUAUAUUGUGUUUGCAUUUUUCACAGUAACCAAAUUUGGCCAAAAACCAAGAAAGAAGCAAUGAUGAAAA